AUGGCAAUAGGUUUUUAUAAAACUAUCCACAGAUUAAAUAAAAAUGAUGAGUCCAAUCUGUGUUCAGUGUUUGAAUUAUAUUCAUUGGUGUAUGAACCUUUAACUGUAUAUAAGCUCACAGAAGAAGGUUGGGCAAGGCCUGGGCCAGACUCAGGCUGGGCUGACCCCCGAGCCUGGAUGAGCUUCCAGGGUGCCUCAGGUGGGCCAGGAAUCGGACCAGGUGCUGAGUUCUGGGGCAUUCCUGCGUGCCCCUUGCCCUACGAUUUCUAUGGAGGCAUGGCAUACUGUGGACCUCAGGUUGGCUUGGGGCCUCUGUCUCAAGGUGGCCCUGAGACUCCGCGUCCGGAGAGUGAGGGAGGCACUGGAGUGGAGAGCAGCUCCGAGAGGGCCUCCCCGGAGUCCAAUGCUGCUCUGCCUUCUGCCAAAGUGGACAAGGAGAAGCCGAAUGAGGUCGAAGACAAGGACAUCAAAACUCGGCAGAAAGAUCUGGAGCAAUUUGCUAAACUCCUAAAGCAAAAGAGGAUCACCCUGGUAUAUACUCAAGCUGAUGUGGGGCUCACUCUGGGAGUUCUCUUUGGGAAGGUGUUUAGCCAAACCACCAUAUGUCGCUUCGAGGCUCUGCAGCUUAGUUUCAAGAACAUGUGUAAGCUGCAGCCCCUGCUACAGAAGAGGAAUGAGGAGGCAGACAACAAUGAAAACCUCCAGGAGAUACGCAAAACGGAGACCCUUCUGCAGCAGGCCCGAAAGAAAAAGCGAACAAGCAUUGAGACCCAAGUGAGAGACCCCAUUUUGGUGGUCCAGGCUAUGGAGGCCCUCACUUUACUACUCUGUACUCCCGGGUCCCUUUCCCUGAAGAGGAAGCCUUCCCCCCUCACCAGGUCUCUCCUGUGA